UUACCGUGGGCGUGUUGCUAUUGGCUCCCUGUCUUCUGGGUACAGGCGGGUGUGCUCGGACAACUAUCACCCCUUUCUUAUAUCACCAAGUUAUUGUUACGAAAUAUAUCAUCAUCAACUUAUAUCGCAAAUGAACCAGCAUGUCCGCAUCUUUCGCAGAAAAUGUCGACAAUCUGUUUAAUACCUUGGAAAGCGAUGAGGAUGAUGACAGGACAGAAUGCGUCUCCAAAGUGGACCACUUCACGUUUUAUCAGUACACGAUAAUUCCAGCCGUACUGAUCAGCCUGGCCUUCUCCAUGCUGAAGACGAGAAGACGGAAGUUUGUGGACUUUCUCUGUGGCCGACCAGCCCUGGUUCACCCCAUGGACGCAUUGACGACAUCUGCCAGCAUUCCCUACAUUGCUGCAUUUGGAGCAACCACGUUCCUUACGUAUGAAGUUAUCUUUGAACAAAGGGUUGCCUUCAGAUAUGAUGGACCACUAGCCUUGAAAACACUGAUCGUAAUAGUAUCUAUGAUAUGGUACGGCUUUGUCUACUUUCCUGUCUUCGCAUCAUUGGCCGUAAAGUCAAUCUUCAGCUACGGUCUUGGGGCUUUAUACGUGUGGGUCAUCACAGGCAUACAGUUCUACAAAGUAUUUGAGUGCGACGUCAGAUGGAAAACUCGCUUGUUGUUGAUUGGCGGAAACCUACCACACCUGAUCUGUCUUACAUAUCUCAGCGUCAUCCUACCGAUCAGGUUUGCCAAUGCCCUUAAAACUAAGAAGUAUUUCGUGGCGGAGGAAACCGAUCUUGAUGUUCCCCAGACACUUAGUUACAUCCGGGACUCUUACCAGGGGGUGCACGUCCGGAAACUCUUGAAGAAACCCGCACCGAAACCUCCCCCCCCGAAGGCGAUCAAAGACAAAAUCAAAGCCGGACUCCUUGCAGCAAUACACAGGAUACUCUAUAAAAAUGAAAAAGGGUUCCGGUAUUCGACCCGUAUCCUGUCUGUUCUCAUGAUCGGCGUGUUUCUCCUGUACGUGAUCACCUUCCAGAUCUUGGCUGAGUUAGUGCCGUUUAUUGACAUGAUCGUCGGCUCCAUCCACACUGAAUUUAAUGUCGAUGACCUCAUGCCAACAGAAGACGAGCAGUUUGACAUCAACGAUUUCAAGACGUGGAUCUUUGUGGGCUACGAAUUGCUUACCUCAAUUAAACAGUGUGUGAUCGUAUCGACGGCGUUAGCGGUUGUGGUCGGGAUGGUGAUGAUCUUGCACAUGCUCUCCUCCUACAGAACCAACCUACUGGCGUUAUAUAGAGGUGAUCACAGCCACAUCCCCCCAAGGAAGGACAGGAGUAACGCCAGCCUUAUGCUGGGGUGUAUGCGGUUUGCAGGGUACCAAGUAGGAUACAUCGCAUGGGGGUUUGUCAUCCAGGGUAUCAUCUUCUUCCUCCUUUCACUGGCGAUAUCCGUCAUCGUCAUCCUUGUUCAGAUCGGCGUGUCAGGUUGGCUUGUUAAUGCCGUGUUAGAGCUAUGGCCGAUUGUUGUGUGGACAAUAGUACUGAACGUCCUCCAGCUGCUAUUGGCCAAGUUCCUCUUCGCACAGGGACGCGGGAAUACGCUGUAUAUAGACAACAGGCGGUUCUUCUUCAUCUUCACGUACUUCAUGUUCUUCUUCAACAUCUUCCUCGGCCUCGUGUCCUGCCUCAUGAGGAUCAUCAAGGCCAUCGUCCUGGGGGCCUUGUUCAUGCCACGCCUCGACCACAGCACCUUGUCCCAGAGAUUCCAGUUCUUUGAUCCUGGUUUCGCGGCGUAUGUAGGCUACAUGCACGUGGAGAACCAACAUACACACCCGGUGAUGAUUGUAUUCAUCCGCCUCAUGUUGAUGAACCUGCACUUCCGGAAGCUGGGCGAGAGUAAAUCCGUCGACCUGAAUGGCGCCGUGAGAGUGGAUGGGAAGACAGACAGCAGCCAGUGCGUCAGUAUACAAAUGAAAGAAGACGAAACCGAUUUGAAAAUGGUAAAAGAAGCCAAACGACGUAAAUAUAGAGCCACCUUCAACUGGGCCGUGUUCUACACCCUCAUCAACAACCCCCAGAUCAGGGUGUACCGGAAGGGCUACAUCCAGAGCAGGAUGAAGGCGGUGGAGGAGGGGAGACGGAUUCCAGUCAGUGAUCUCCCAGUGGUCGAUCUCUGCAGACUCGACUCCGUGACUGACACCGACGCAACUAGAAACGGCAAGGACAGCACAUACGGGAAGCACGAUGUCAAAGGAGAAAAGAUUAAUUAUAAAACUAAAGUUUGUCCCGUCUGACAAAAUGAAAAUAUUUGCUAGAAGACUACUUCGUGAUAGAACUGUUUCACACAUAAAACGUCUCUGACUGUUCUGCUGAAAAUAGUUUACGGUUGUAAAAACUUCUUCAGGACUUUCGUGAAACAACGGUUGACCAAAGUCGUUAUUACAUUACUGGUUACAUGUGGGCCUUAUUGUCGAGACUGUCGAUACGCUUUCCUUACCAGAAUGAUGUUUCUUAGAGAGCCUUUUCCAUGUCCCGAUCUACCAAGGAGCAAGAUUGACAGAAGGUGACCUCAGUGUCAAUUCAUCUGAAGAGAUGAAACGUGCUCUAUCAACUAACUGUUGAAACGUUGUGGUGAAAGAGGUCGAAUAUGAAAUCCUGAAUGGAGUAUGUUGGUGUUGACGUGAGUACAGAAGGACAUCCUGACACCGAAUGGAGAUAUAGAAAUACAGGAAAGUUAGUUAACAUGACUAAUACGGAGGAGUGAGUGUGAUGUGACGCCACUCGUAGCAUUCCAAGCCAAAUCACAGCGGUGAUUCUCAUAUUAUACCUACAUGUGGAAUCGAACAAGAGUCGACAGGGCCACGAGGGAACACAUUAAUCACUAAUGCGUCGUUUCAACUUAAGAGCGACCAUUUAAAACAGGGCGUUUCAGGGCAUCCAACAUUACCAGUGGACAAUACCAUUUUGGGUUUUAUCACAUUACCUGAAGCCACCUUAAUUUUGUUUCGAGCAGAAUUUUAUUGAACAAAUCAGUUUUUUUGACACUGUUUAAGACCGUUUGAAUAUUUGCUACAACCCACAAGAUAUGUAUUUGAGGCGGCUUCUCUCAGGCCCGCGACCCUAGAACCACACCACCUCCAUAAUAUCACGGGAUGGAAAGGUGUAUGCUGCAAAUGCUGGAGUUAACAAAACUACCGUCAACAGACUCUAUCUCACACCCCUGUGGGCGAGAAACCGAUCUGAGAUAACUUGUAUCAAAUAUAUGUAUGAGACCAAAUGUUAAGCUCGUAAGGGACGAUGGGGUAUCCUAGCGGACCUGAGUUCGAUUCCCCACAUGAGUACUAUUUGUGAAGCCCAUUUCUGGUAUUCCCCGCUGUAAUAUUGUUAAAAGUAGCGUAAAACAAUACUCACUCACUUACUCUCCCAACGUCAGAGUUUGGAUACCCCAUGGUGUUGACUAUUUCAUAUGCACCUUGAAUUUUAAGGUGUGUAAGAAACACAUCCCUGCAAUCGUGCCUGUCAAUAAAUUCUAUUUUAUUCAA